AUCGCAUUACGGUAGCCCUCCCGGACACGUCCCUCGCGUCUAGUACGCGUACCUCCGCGCUCAUCGCCCUCGGAGUAAUCGAACAAGCCGUGAGAAAAAAAAAAAAAAAUGGUCGGCACAUAUCCCAGAAAAGGCUUCACUCCAUCCAGGAAUGCGAGAUCUGUGCCCGUCAAACGCAACACAAGUAUCUUGAACUUCUUCCAGAAGACAGACGGCCCUCCCGCACCGACCUCUCGUCAGCCGCGUAUUACUCAGUUCACUACCAAGAUUGAGCGAUCGACUACCGUCAGUUUCGGGAAGACAGUUACUGGUGCUAAUGAGACUCUGUUCCUGGAAGACGUAAGAAGUGACCCAAAACCGGGCGGAGAGAAUACGACGGCCGAAGAACCUGAGAGAGCAAGGUCACGGACACCGGAUUAUUUUUGGGGAAAUGGGGAUAGUGACUCGUUAUUUGAAACAGAAGAGAAAAGGUUCAAUGAGAGCGAUUCUGCGGUUAAGAGACGCAAAGUGGAUGUGGAGGUUACAGGGGAGAACAGAAAUGGAUCCGAUCUCAACUCCCCGAAGCCGCCAAAGCGUCAAAGGAGUGGCCCAUUUAUCGAUGAGUCCGACAGUGAAGAUGAUUUUGGUGUGCUUAAUGACAUCGAGGAGCCAUCCUUAUCUAUAACAAAGGAACAAGAACAGACUAGUGGAAGAGAUCCCCCCGACAACAAUAACCUGGAGACCAAUGGACGAGGUACUGGACUCGACCCACCUUCGCUGGUAAGAGAAGCCACGAGCAAUGUCGAAGAUGACCAGUUUGCGAAUUUUGACGAUAUAGAAGACGAUGCAUUCCAAGGAGACGAGUUUAUAGAACAGCCAUUGGAAAAAAACCAGAUCGAUAAUACAUAUGACUCGGUGAACAAUUCCCCUGCACUAAGUGAAUGCGAAAAGGACCUUGGUGGUGGAGUGCCAGUUUGUCCUAUAUGCCAGACAAUCCUGGUUGGGCUUGCAGAAGUGGAUAUUUCGGUACACGUCAAUAAGUGUCUAGAUGGAAAGCCUGACGCUUUUCCAUCUAAGAAGAAACCCGUGACUUCAGCCAGUGCGCUAAGCGGUGCUGAACUAGCUGCUAUUGCGAGACCACCACAGCGAGAUCCGUAUACUACAAAAGCAAGUGGGACAACUUCCGCCUUUUCAAAACUCAUGGCAGCUAAUGCGGAAGAUACCGCCUGGGCGACUGCAGCGGCGCGUGAGGGAAGCUGUCGUGGCAAGCAGGCCCACCGGCGAACUUGUCCAUUCUACAAGAUAAUUCCUGGAUUUUCAAUCAGCGUGGAUGCGUUUCGUUACGGUGCCGUGGAAGGAUGCAGUGCUUACUUCCUCAGCCAUUAUCACAGUGAUCACUACGUGGGGCUCACAUCGUCCUGGCGUCAUGGUCCGAUCUACUGCAGUAAAGUGACGGGGAACCUGGUUCGCCAGCAACUUAGAGUCGAUCCCAAAUGGGUUGUGGACAUCGAGUUUGAGAAGAAAAUAGAAGUUCCCGGAACUGGUGGUGUUCAAGUCACCAUGAUUCCUGCCAACCAUUGUCCGGGAAGCUCGCUGUUUCUGUUUGAGAAGCCAUUAGGCGAUGGCCCAUCUGCCCGAAUUCAACGAGUACUUCACUGUGGGGAUUUUCGAGCUUCCCCUCGUCACUUACAGCAUCCACUUCUCUGUCCCGAAGUUCCCGAUCCCGCGACAGGCAAAACCCGACAGCAGAAGAUUGAUGUUUGCUACCUCGACACUACAUAUCUCAGCCCGAAGUAUGCGUUCCCUAGCCAGGAGGAUGUGGUCGGCGCAUGUGCGGACAUGUGCGUACGCCUUAACCAGGAUGACAAUGACAGCCCUGCGCCAUGGGAGGCGGGGAAGGCUGGUGGUACUAGCAAAGUUAUGAGCAAGUUCUUCUCCGCGAUGGCCGGUUCUGCGGAGUUCAAGAAUAGACUACCUGGCUCUCGUGGUCGACUACUCGUGGUUAUCGGGACAUACAGCAUUGGGAAAGAGAGAAUAUGCCUUGGCAUCGCGCGGGCGCUGAACUGCAAGAUCUAUACCACUCCUCAAAAGAAACAAGUGUGCGCAUCUCUGGAGGAUGAGGAACUUCUCUCUCGUCUCACCGAUGAUCCUCUAGAGGCGCAGGUCCACAUGCAGACAAUGUUUGAAAUCCGUGCGGAUACGUUGAAGGACUACCUUGACUCGAUGAGGCCGCAUUUCUCGCGGGUGGUGGGCAUGCGUCCUACGGGCUGGAACUACCGGCCCCCUGCAGGGAGGACUUUGGAUAAUCCUUCUGUAUCAAUGGUUCUCCACUCUGAUAACUGGAAGACGCCUUUCUCGGUGCGUGAUAUGGUACCUCAUCGUGGCAGCACGAAGGAGAGUUCGUGUUUCGGAGUGCCAUACAGCGAGCACAGCUCAUUCCGGGAACUGACCAUGUUCUGCUGUGGGUUGCACAUCGGACGGGUGAUCCCCACGGUCAAUGUAGGUAGCAGGAAGAGCAGAGAGCAGAUGAAGACAUGGUUCGAGCGAUGGGAGGCAGAGAAGAGGAAGAGCGGGCUCUUUCGCGUGGAGGGGGAUCGAUGGUAGAAGCUGUUUUGGAUAAACUGCUUAGCUGUACAUUCAAUAGAUCUAUGCGAAUAGAAUAAUCACUGUUGUAAUCCCC